AUGGUAACUCUUCCAGGUGUAUCAGAACACCCACACGUAACACAACAUAAGAUCCAUGGACAGAAAGAUGAACUGCAACUUGAAGGAAGGCUGCACCACUGCACCAUCUGCAGGAAGAGUUUCACAGCCCUGAGUGAACUUGAGAAACACCAGCAGACACACUCUUUUAGUGUGAAUGAACAGCAGAACACUGACAAAAGGCCUCAUAAAUGUGUACAUUGUGAAAAAGCAUUCAAAACACGAGCCCAUCUUAAACAUCAUAUACGAACACACACUGGAGAGAAGCCUCAUAAAUGUGUCCAGUGUGGAAAAGCAUUUUCACAAAUUGCCAAUCUAAACAACCAUCUGAUGAUACACACUAGUGAGAAGCUACAUAAAUGUGUCCAGUGUGGAAAAGCAUUUAAAACAUCCCCAGAUCUUAAACGACACAUGCUUACACAUACUGGAGAGAAGCGUCAUAAAUGUGCCGAGUGUGGGAAAGCUUUUUCAAUAUUGCAAUAUUUUAAAAGCCAUAUGCUAGUACACACUGGAGAGAAACCUCAUAAAUGUGUCCAGUGUGGGAAAGCUUUUUCACAAAUUUCCAAUCUGAACAACCAUCUGAUGAUACACACUAGUGAGAAGCCUCAUAAAUGUACCCAUUGUGGAAAAGCAUUUAAAACAUCCCCAGAACUUAAACGACACAUGCUUACACAUACUGGAGAAAAGCGUCAUGAAUGUGCCCAGUGUGGGAAAGCUUUUACACAAAUCUCUACUUUAAAGUUACAUAUGCUAACACACACUGGAGAGAAGCCUCAUAAAUGUUCCUAUUGCGAACAUGCAUGCACGACAUCCGCUAAUCUUAAACAGCACAUGCUAACGCACACUGGAGAGAAGCCUCAUGAAUGUAUGCAGUGUGGAAAAAGCUUCUCACACAUGUCAUAUCUUAAAAAACAUAUGCGAGUACACACAGGAAAGCAGCCUGUGCAUGUGCACACGCUUGUACCAGAUAUAAGUACUGAUUCAACCUCUUAACUCAAGUAAAAAUAAAUAAAGAGAAAACAUUUCCUGGCCUUUUUGAAGGACUAUGUAACCUGCUGUCUCUGUUAUGACUCCCACACAUCUGCAUGCAUCGCGUUCACUUUUCAUGGGCUUAUGUCAGCCGUUGCCGAACUGAAUUGUGGGUCCGUCACGUCGCUUGAAAAGUUCAACUUUUGCUGCAACGACGGACAACAACAGAAGGCACCAACCAAUCAAAUUUGGGGAAAUAGAUAGAUACUUUAUUGAUCCCCAAGGGGAAAUUCAAGGUAAAUGGGGAAAGGCUUCAGUAUUUACUCAGUACUGUUUGAGUGGACUGACAAUGGGGAAAGGCUUCAUUACUCUUGGCAUUUUAUGUACCUUGUAUCCAUGACCAGCUUGUGUCUGUGUCUUUCCUAUAUGCUUGUUCUCUCAUUGUCCCUGCCUUAAUGUACUGUCCAUACUGUCAGUGAGGUCUAACAUGUAUGCUAUAUGUACUUCUUAUGCCUAUACCUUAUUGUACAGUGUCCUUGGGUAUCUUGAAAGGUGCUUUUCUGAAGUAAAUUUAUUAUUAUCAGUAUUCAAUUCACUACUACAGGGUUCCGAUCUAUUUUCUCAAAAAAAAAAGAAAUCAAAAACUUUCCCUGACUUCAGAGCCUAAUGGCUCCUACACACAGUUGCGUGCGUUGCAGUGCUGGAGAUGCAUCCCAUUAACUUUA